AUGACAUCUUCGGCAGAUGCUCGGGAUUCUCCGUUGUCGUCCAGAAGACACGGAACUCGGGCCAAAACCAACGCUGGCAUCUGCCACACCUGCAGUAACUGCCGGAAAAGAAAGGUGAAAUGCGACGGUCAACGUCCUCUAUGUGGCACAUGCCGAUCGAGAAACUUGGCCUGCGAAUACCCAAAAGACGCGAGAAAGACAGCGGUCCGGACAAGAAGGGAAGAUGUCAAGUCCCUGCAGAAACAAAUCGAAGAUCUUAGGAGGCAAGUUGGAGACUCGCCAAGCAAUGCUGCAUCUCAGACAGCAACCGGUCAGGACGAAUCUUGUGCCCACGAACGGCGUAACAAUACGGGCAUUGAAACGGUUCAACCAGAAGAGUUGACUGCGUCGGCGCAGUAUGGAACUACCUAUCUCAUUUUCGACGACAGAUCAUCCACAUCUAGAACCUCAUUCGCGCAUAGGACCCCUGGCUCUACCGCAACUGUCACCCAAGAUAUACUCUACGCACAAAAUUCGGCGCCUACUGAUGAGACACUGAUACGAGAUACCCAAGAUGACCAAGAAAUAACUCAGGAAGCCGAAGGCGUUCAGGUCUACGGAGCUACAAGUCUAUUGCAUGACCAUACAUCAAGAUCAUCACUCGUCAAUGCACGACAGCGACUUGCGGGCAACAAUUCCCUGGUGUGUAAAGAGGCUAUAAAAGACCGGCUCUUAUCGAACGCUGCUAUAAGAAGGCAAGAAGAGCUGAUGCUUCAUUCAUCACCAAGCAUCACAGCCAACAUUGACUUCGACGGGGUCCCAGCAGACACCGCGAUGCACUUACUCGAUUUACACUGGAACCGGCAACACCUGUCGUAUCUUCUGACAUAUCGGCCGGCGGUCAUGGACAGUCUCGUCAGAAACGGUUCUUACUCCAACAAACUUUUGCUGAAUGCGAUAUAUCUGCAGAGCAGUCUGUAUAGUGACCGCACUUGCCUUCGGCUCAACUCCGAAGAUCCACAGAGCAGAGGAAUGGCAUAUUACAACCGUUUCAAGGUCUUACUAGCCGAUCAUGUUGACAAACCCACAAUACCUACUGUUGUGGCCUUAUUGACGUGCGGCGCAUGCUUAGUGCCUCGUGGCAUGCAAAGUGCUGGCUGGAUCUUCUGUGGCAUUGGAUAUAGGAUGCUUACCGAUAUUGGUUGCCAUCUCGAUCUUCAGACAGUCACCAUUAACAGUUCAAACUACCGCAGCUCUGCUAUUGAUCUGGAGCUUCGAAAAAGAGUUUACUGGGGGGCCUACGUAGGAGACAUGCUCCAGUCCCUCUUCUUAGGGAGGUCUCCCACUAUGCCUGAAGUGCAUGGAACCGUCUCUAGGGAGUAUUUUGACUCUUAUGAAGAGCUAGAAGAGUGGAAACCAUACCUCGAUCCCUUGAUCGAGCCCUUGGAUACUCUCGUAUCGUCUUAUCAACCACGGCCCUCAUAUGCCCUCAGCACCUUCCAAAGCCUUCUUCAGCUAUGCGACAUCAUGGGCCGAGUAAUCCGAGCAUUUUACUCGACAGCCAGUGCAGAGACCUCCAAAGAGACCUUACUAGGGGAGCGAGACAGGAUCAGGGAACAGCUUUUGACGUGGAAAGCGGAACUCCCAGGAUGGCUCCAAUUCGAACCAGGGGUUGAUGCCACUCCGCCACCACAUCAGAUCACACCCCAUGCCAUAUUUUGGACCUUGAUCAUCCUAACUGAGCAGGCAUUCCUUAAUCGCGGCCACUUCCCGUUCACUUUGGACACCGAAUCGACAAGACAGGCUGAAGAGAGAUGCCUCAGCGCCGCUUUCCGUAUUUGGAAGCUUGUUGAGGUUUAUAAGCAGACCUUCACCCUCCGUCGCGCUCAGUAUGGCAUAUCAUAUGCAAGUUACUGUGCGGUUGUAGUCAUACUGCAGCAGGCUAGCCAUGACUCUGAGGAGCAUAUCAAAUGCAUCCGCUUCUUUUGGCUUGCUUUACUUGAGUAUCAGAGAGGAUGUAACUACGGCUUGAAACGGCCCCUGAAGUUACUGAAGUCGCUCAUGCGUCGGUUGGAAGGAAUCGCGCAGGAUAAUGAACCGGAGGAUACGGGUGGCAACAACCAGCAAUUACCGGACCUCCAAGCGGACUUCAACUCUUUAUUCGGUUCGCUGCGCGGAGCCGAGAGGGUGGCCUCGUGGCACGGGGUUCCAGACUUGUGGGAUCCAUCAGCCAGCACCAACCUGCUUUUCGAAGAUGCAAACUUGGGUGUCAUAGAUGAUAGUGUCUUUGGGUUCUGUAUGUAG